UAUCGCUUACACCCUGCAUUUCGCAUCCCUAAGAACUAGGGUUUUCCUCGCCGUCGUCCAUCUCGUGGUGUUGCUAAGAUUUUCUGAAUUCCGUAGUAAUCGUCUCACUAGAUACUUCUUCUCGAAGUGAUUUGCUUUCAUACUAAAUGGCUGGACAAAGAAACAAUCAUGGUAAGCGCUCUCAUUCACGUUCUGAUCAUGGAGAUAAUGGAGGAAGCAAGAGAAGGAAUCCUGGCGAUGAAAGGGAGGCAUAUGCUCCUGGGCCUGAAGAUACUGUCUAUCGUUAUCUGUGUCCAGGGAGGAAGAUAGGAAGUAUCAUAGGUAGGGGUGGUGAUAUUGUGAAACAAUUGAGGGCGGACACACAUGCUAAGAUAAGAAUUGGUGAUACUGUACCUGGAUGUGAGGAGCGGGUUAUAACUAUUUUUAGCUCAAGUGAAGAGUCUAAUUCCCUUGAAGACACUGGAGAAAUGGUAUGUGCUGCACAAGAUGCACUCUUCAGAGUUCAUGAGAGAUUAAUAUCAGAUGAGGAUGCAGGUGAUGAAGAAGUCGAUACAGAUGCUCCUCAAGUUACCGUUCGCUUACUUGUGCCAUCCGAUCAAAUUGGAUGCAUCAUUGGGAAAGGUGGACAGAUUAUUCAGGGCAUUCGUAGCAGUACAGGUGCUCAGAUACGCAUAUUGAAGAAUGAGUAUCUUCCUUCUUGUGCCAUAAGUACUGAUGAACUUCUUCAGAUUGCUGGAGAUGCUUCUAUUGUGAAAAAGGCUCUUUUUGAUGUUUCAUCUCGUAUCCAUGAAAAUCCAUCACGCUCACAGCAUAUGCUAUUCUUGAAUGUGGCUAACAACAGUCAUUAUCGUGGAUUCAAUACUGAAACACCUGUCUUGGGUGUGGGUCCGUUGGUUAGUCCAUUUGGAGGUUACAAGAGUGAUGCUGCUGGUGACUGGCCAUCAUUCUACCCUCCUCCAAGGGAUGAUGCUUCUACAAAAGAAUUCAACUUAAGGAUGAUAUGCCCUUCUGCCAACAUUGGAGGUGUCAUUGGCAAGGGUGGUUGUAUCAUCAAACAGAUAAGACAAGAUUCUGGAGCAUUUAUAAAGGUUGAUAGUUCUAAUGCAGAAGAUGAUUGCAUAAUUACAAUUUCAGCAAAAGAGCUUUUUGAAGAUCCUAUUUCUGCAACAAUAGAUGCGGCGGUGCGCUUGCAGCCUAGGUGCAGUGAGAAAUUUGAAAGAGAGUCUGGUGAACCUUCAUAUACAACACGCUUACUUGUAUCAACGACCCGCAUUGGUUGUCUUAUUGGGAAAGGUGGUAGUAUCAUCUCUGAGAUGAGGAGAAGCACUAGGGCAAAUAUACGCAUCUUGUCAAAGGAGAACCUUCCCAAAGUUGCAUCAGAUGAUGAUGAGAUGGUUCAGAUUAGUGGAGACCUUGACAUUGCCAGGGAUGCCCUUGUUCAAAUAACAACCAGGUUGAAAGCUAACUUCUUUGAAAGAGAAGAUGCUUUAUCAGCAUUUCAGCCUUUUGCUUACCAUCCUACGCCAAGUGAUAUUCCAGAAAUUUCAAAAUAUGGAAGCCGGGAUUCAAAGGGGCCUGGUCGUGUUUAUUCUUAUUCUAGUUCAUAUGGUACUUCUGGUGACCUGCUUUCCUCUGGAAGUUAUUCAUCUUCUCAGGUUGGUGGCAGUAGUUAUGGGACAUAUGGUGCCCAUCCUGGUCGUGCUGGAAGCACUGGGUAAAGUAAUAUCAAGUUUUUUGCAGAGGGUAAUGAUCUACACAUCCUCUUAUGGUUACCAAAGUUUCUUAACAAGCUAAAGGGCACAGACACUCUGAGGUUUGAUUUCAUCCUUCUAUGAAUGGAUGUGUAACAUUUAAGUUAUUAAUUCUAGCGAGGUUCCACAGGGCUGUCAGGCUUUUUAUUUGUUGUAGGCUGGAAUGUGGAAGGAGUUUUUCAGGUUCUUGAGAAAGUAUUGCUUUCUUAAAAAAUCUCUGCAUUCUGCAUUUUUAUUACAUGAAAGUACACAAAGUUAUCACUUUUUGCAUAUUGCAGCUCACUGUUAUUGAUUUAUUAUUAUAUUCAAUUGAUAUGGGAAUCAAAUGAUAAUUUUAAGUAUGCAUAUAAUUUUAUUUGCUCUUAUGGUUGACAUUUUGUUGUAGUAUCAAAUAGCGUUACAAUGUAGUGUGUUAAGGAUUUGCGUUUAACAAGAAAUUGGUGAUAUGGAUUGUUUUGUCAAAUUAUAGUUAGAAAUCUUAGAAUUAAGCAUUAAGUUAUCAUAAAAAAUUUAGCUGCCUGCAUGUGUUAUUUUUUUUAACAAGAAUGUGCUAAAAAUAAAAAUUCUAUAGGUAUUUCUGGAAACUGUUUCAAAUAGUGUUUUCGUUGAAGUACACCUAAUGAUAUAACAGUACUUUCUAUUUAUGUCUCAUUUUUUUUGGUCUCGUGUUCAUUUUUCUUACGAAAAGUUAAAUCUGUAAGGUCGCUGGCUUUGUGGCUAUCAAGGAAUUUCGAGUUCCUCAAGGAUUUAGAACCUACCAAGCACUGGUUAUGGCUUUAUGUUUUUGGUUUCUCUUUGUUAAGCUGGUAUUGUUCGACAUAAAUGUGCUUUUGCUGCCUUUUUUAGUUCAAUGCAUGUGGAUGAACAUAAAUUAUUCUUUUGCAUUUUUGAGAGAAGUCAUUUUUGGCUACUAUGUUACAGCGGUAGGAAUUGACGCUUAUUUUGUGCCAAUCUGUUUUCGGCAAAAUUAAGUUGUAGCUUAAUUAAAUUAUUUUUUUAGUCAAUCUGUUUUCGGUCAUCAUUAGUUGAUAACAAUAGUUAUGUUGGAUUUUAAUUCUUUUGAUGCCGCCAUUAACCAUGUUUUGGUUAGCUUAUUGUAGUCAUUUGUUAACACUUUGUUGAAACAUGCAGUGCAUGUGUAGAGAAAUUUAAGGCAGGUAAAUAACGAGCUCGCCAGGUAUUGUACUAUUCUGUUACAUCCAAAUUUGCAAGAUUCUGGACCCGAAAAUUUGUUGACCAUUUUGGGAUCGUUGGUUCCAGAAUGAUUCAGGAACUGCCAGUUUACUAGCGCUCGUAAUAUUUUGUGAAUUUUGUAGUUAUUAAUUGAACUAUCAGAGAUUAGAUGGUAUUCAUGUUCUAGUUGGAUCGUAUCAUGGUUUGCGUCGAAAUAGUGGAUAUUGAGAUUAAUGGGA